AUGGUCUUGGUCAGAAAACCACCACAGCUACAAUUAAAGGCACUAAGAUCGACAGCUGUAGAAUCCGGCCUGCCAGUCGGGGGGAUCAAGAGCGAAUUGGUUCUCCGGCUGCGAGACGCAGCCAGGAAAUUCACGCCUGUGCCGGCGAACGCGCGCAUCCUUAGCAUCGACCUGGGCAUCAAGAACUUUGCCUAUAGCCUCAUCACAUGGACCAAACUCUCCACACAAAGACACAGCGAGACACCGCAGUGGCCCGGCCGGCUCAAGGUCUUGGUCCACGAAUGGAAGGUCGUGGACCUCGCCCAGGAGGCCGAGGCCCAGGCGUUGGCCGCGACCGGAACCACGCAGGCGGCCGUCUUCGACCCGGAGUCGUUGUCGAAACUGGCGCUGAAGCUGGUCAACGACCGGCUGCUGCCGCUGCAGCCAACGCACGUGCUGAUCGAGCGGCAGCGCAACCGCAGCAGCGGGUCCGCGGCCGUCACCGAGUGGACGCUGCGCGUGAACAGUCUCGAGUCCAUACUGUACGGCAUCCUGGUGACGCAGCAGCAGCAGCAGCGAGGCGACGGCGCCGGCGCCUUUGACGCAGGCGCCAUCAUUCCCAUUCUGUCGCAUCGAGUCGGGUCUUAUCUGGACCGCGAGCUUGACGCCGAGGCCGCCGUCGAGCCCGACUCCCUGCCGGAAAAGAGCGUGAAUAUCAAGAAGCGCAAGAUGAGCAUCCUGCAAGACUGGAUCCGUGCGGGGGUGGUUGAGCCGACGACCGAGGACGUCCGGCAGCAGAUGUCCAAGGCCGUGCUGGGGAAGCCCGAUAAGCCGAAGCGAAUAGGAGCCAAGCACAAGGCCGAAAUUGGGGCUUCCGAGUCGCCUUCUGCACAAGAAGGCGCCAAACCGCCCAAGGCACAGAAGCUGGACGACCUGUCCGACAGCCUGACGCAGGGGAUCGUGUGGCUCAUGUGGCAGCGGAACUUUGAAGAAAGGAUCAAGGAGGAGCCAUGGCUAACCUCCGAAGGACCUCCCUUUGAACCGGAUGUUGAAGAUUUGAGCGUUGAUGACCAAAAGAAAGAAAAAAACAGAAAGAAAGCAGCGAUAAACUCGGCAACUGCGAAACGGACCAAAAAGAAACCGAAGCCAGUGCCGCCAAAGGACGAAUUGUAG